AUGAGAUCCCACAUCCCAGUUGCUGCAAUGUCUUGGACGAGUGGAUAACACCAGGCUCCCCCUGAUACAGAGCGGGAAAGCUGCAACGCUACUGCCGCGAAACAUAGCUCAAAUCACCCGCCGAAUGGCGAUACAGAAAAUCGGUUAACAGCUUCUUCCCAUGAACACGGCUGUCACAAGUGAGGAGCUUCUUGUUUAGGACUCUGGAGAAAUGCAGCAGGAGCGCUGUUCUUCCCCCGACAGGCCUCUGGAUCCCGGCUGUCUGCUGGAAUGCGACGCCGAGCGGAGCGCGGACCGGCUCGGUUGCGCGGCGGUGGAUUUCCCGGUAGCUGUAGUUCUUCCCGCCGGUGGCUCUGGGGAAAGGAUGGGACUGGCCACACCGAAACAAUUCUGCACCAUUCUCAACAGACCUCUGAUAAGCUUCACGAUUCAAGCGUUUGAGAGAUUAUCAUGGAUCGGAACUGUUGUCGUUGUGGUUGCUAAGGAGAAUCAUGACUUGAUGCUGAAUAUUGUCAAGAAAUUUAAUCACACAAAGGUAAAAGUAGUCCACGGAGGAACCACCAGACACAGGUCUAUCUUCAACGGACUCCGGGCCUUCAGCAGCACUACAGACUCACUGACGCCCAAACCAAAAGUGGUCAUCAUCCAUGAUGCUGUACGGCCGUUUGUGGAAGAAGAUCUUCUGUUGAAAAUCACCCUAGCAGCUAAAGAGCAAGGGGCCUCGGGUGCGAUACGUCCUCUGGUGUCCACAGUCAUUGCAACCACGUCAGAGGGCUACCUGGACCACUCGCUGGAGAGAGCAAAGUACAGAGCCAGUGAAAUGCCUCAAGGAUUUCUUUAUGACAUUAUUUUCCAGGCCUACCAGCGGUGCAGUGAAUUUGACUUUGAGUUUGGCACCGAGUGCCUACACUUGGCCCUGCAGUACUGUGGCACGAAUGCAAAGCUCAUAGACGGACCACCGACUCUGUGGAAAGUAACAUACAAGCGAGAUUUAGCAGCUGCGGAGGCUAUUAUUAAAGAGACUCUUUCGAUGUCAGCAUGUAUCAUCGCAGGAGCUGAAGCAGAAGCUGUUGAGUUGGCCAAAGCACUUCAGAAAAAUCUGAACAUGAUGGAGACAGACGUCAUUCCAUGUGCAAAGGAAAGUAAUACAGAGUACCUGUCCAAAACCCGAAACUUUAUUCACAUAUCUAGGACUGCUUCAAACUUCUUGGGGACCCUGGACAUGGUGAAACGUUUUGAGCAUACCGACCACGCUCGUUUAUACCCAGUAGUUGUUGUUUGGGUACAGCUGAACAUGACAAAUAAGUCUGUCGACAGCCAAAAGACAGACGAGUUAGCCUUCAGGACUCUGGCCUCUGAAGUCAUACUGGGAAAUGUUCUGCUCUAUGGAAUUCAGAUUGAUCACACCAAGGUGCCAGAGCAGUGGGAGAGAUCAGUGGAGAGACUCGCUCAGAUCACAGUCGCCCUCAUCAGAGACAGAAAUGCUGCUCUCACUGGACAGCUGCUUCAUGCCUGAGACUGAAGCAUGAGAAGAUGUGUUACAUUAGACAACCAAGGUGCGGCCUGUGGACUCACAAAGACAGAAGCACGGAAUCUAAAG